AUGGACGGGCGCGUCGUGGGGGAUGUGUCGAGCGCCGACGCGCUGGGGGCGCUCGCGUACGCGUCGACGCACCCGGCGCUCGCGGCGGCGUGCGGACUGGCGCUGGUUUGGCUCGUCCCGCUCGUGGUCGACGCGGCGUGGAAGUUUUUGUUGUUUCCGUCGCUCGUCGCGGUGGGGGCGAUCGCGGCGAUCGCGCAUCCGGUGGAGACGCUCAAGUUUUUGGAGCGCGCGGCGGAGGAAAUCUCGACGCAUCCGGAGGAGGCGGCGGCGGCGUUGGCGAUCGCGACGGCGAUCGCGCUCGGGCCGUACAUCUUGGGCGCCGCGCUCGUGGCGCUCGUCAUAUCGGGGACGUCGAUCCUGCCGAGCGCGGUGAAACCGGUGUUACCGCGCGAAUUCGUCGCCGCCACGGAACGCUUCGACGCCAUCGUCGAGGCGGCCAACGCGAAGGAACGCGAAGUGGAAUCGUUCGCCCGCGACGUCAACGCCAAACGCACGGAGUUACGAGCGAAACGACUGGGUCAAGCCACACCACCGCGCGAUUCGGACGCUCAAACCGGUAGGUCUUCGCGCUCUGCCGCCGUCCCCGAGUUCUCGCCGGCGACGUCCAAAUCGCCGGCGACGCCCAAAGCGGCGGCGACGUCCAAACGCAGAGAAAUACCGCGUCGCGUCGCCGCGCCUUCCCCGUCGACCCAGACCACGACGAGUCCGCGAGAAAAACGUCUCAAAAAUAGCACGCCCCUAGAACGACGCCGCGCGAUGAAUGACGGAACCGGCGCGCGCUAG